UGCUUUUGCGCGCGAACUCUAAGUGCCCGGGUCCCGGGGUCGGGGCGCGGCUAGUGGCUGUGCAGGUCCCUCGGGGCCGCGACGAUCCCAGCGGACCCGCACACCUUUAUCACCCCGCCAUGGAGACCUCGGCGCAGCAGGAGCAGCAGCAGCCCGCGGCGGCCAAGAUCAGAAACCUGCCCUGGGUUGAAAAGUACCGGCCACAGACACUGAAUGAUCUGAUUUCUCAUCAGGACAUUUUGAGUACCAUUCAGAAAUUUAUUAGUGAAGACCGCCUGCCCCACCUGCUUCUCUAUGGUCCUCCAGGGACGGGAAAGACCUCCACCAUCCUAGCCUGUGCGAAACAGCUAUACAAAGAUAAGGAAUUUGGCUCCAUGGUCUUGGAGCUGAAUGCUUCAGACGACCGAGGAAUAGAUAUCGUUCGGGGGCCAAUCCUGAGCUUUGCUAGCACAAGGACAAUAUUCAAGAAAGGCUUCAAACUAGUGAUCCUGGAUGAAGCUGACGCCAUGACUCAAGACGCCCAGAAUGCCUUGAGGAGAGUGAUUGAGAAAUUCACUGAGAAUACCAGAUUCUGCCUCAUCUGUAACUACCUGUCAAAGAUCAUCCCCGCCCUGCAGUCCCGGUGUACAAGGUUCCGAUUUGGCCCCCUGACUCCUGAACUCAUGGUCCCCCGCCUGGAGCACGUCAUAGAAGAAGAGAAAGUGGACCUAAGUGAGGACGGGAUGAAGGCCCUCGUGACCCUUUCCAGCGGAGAUAUGCGAAGGGCUCUGAACAUUCUGCAGAGCACCAACAUGGCCUUCGGGAAGGUGACGGAGGAGACGGUCUACACCUGCACUGGGCACCCCCUCAAGUCCGACAUUGCCAACAUUCUGGACUGGAUGUUGAAUCAAGACUUCACCACAGCCUACAGAAAUAUUAUGGAGUUGAAAACCCUGAAGGGGUUGGCGCUACAGGACAUCCUGACAGAGAUACACUUGUUCGUGCACAGGGUUGACUUUCCAUCUUCAGUUCGAGUACAUUUAUUGACCAAAAUGGCAGACACAGAGUACAGACUCUCUGCUGGCACCAACGAGAAGAUUCAGCUGAGUUCCCUCAUUGCCGCUUUCCAGGUCACCAGGGACCUGAUUGUCACAGAGGCCUAAAUGCUAAGCCUGUUUGCUGCGAUUCGCAGGCCCCACGGUGACUGGACAACAGGGGACUGAGUUACGGCUGGGGACUGAAGCCCGAUCGCCCCAAGCUUUGGAAAACCCUGUUCCAGGCCUGGGUGGGCAAAGGUUUAAAAAGUACUGUGUUUGUGGCCGUUUGGAGCAGGUACAAAACAGUUUUAACGCCCAGCUCUCUUACUGCUGCCCACUUGUGUCUUAGGGCGGAAAAGAAAGCGCAAAGAGAUUUUUUUUCUUUUAGCCUUAAAGCUUUUAUCAUUCCGUUGCUUGGAUGACAGGAAAUUUGCCUGCCCCAUUUUGGUCUAGAACCGAAGGCUUCCCAAUCUCCCGUGGUGUCAGUGUUUUCUAACUCAAGGUAAACAGAACAGCUCCACAACUAAGUGCAUAAACCUGAUUUGCGGCCCGGUCUCUGGAUCUGCUUUAAAUAGGUGUCAAUGAAAAAAAAAAAUAGGUGUGCGUCGAUUUCUGGUCCAAACUAUUGUACUCCUAUAAACGGGCUCAGUUAACUGUCUUCCUUUAAAAACGUCUUUUUAUUUCUCCUCUACAAGCAGGUUCCUAAUUGUGGUGAGACAGCAAAGCGUCAUCUUACGCCCGCGGGGGGCAAGGCCUCACAGUACUCCCUUGUUAACGCAGGCAGGGCAGAUGAGCCCGGGGCCGGGCCGGGCACCGACACGUGCGGGAAGGACGGGGCCCUGUGGACAGGGUAGCAGUUUCUUUCACAGCAAACAGGCUGCCCUUUUGAGUGUUCUUCUCCAUAAAAAUAAAGCAGCUUGCACGUUGGCUGUUUA